AUGGUGAACUCUACUCACAUUUCAUAUUUCACUCUUGCUGCAUACUUCGACACGGGGGUUUUUAAGUACUUGUUCUUCACGAUUGUCAUGUGUUUAUAUGUGUGUAUUAUAGGUGCCAACGUGUUGCUGAUUGUGGUUAUCUGUGUGAACAGGAGCUUACAUGAACCUAUGUACCUUUUUCUGUGCAGCCUGUUUGUAAAUGAACUGUAUGGUAGUACAGGGUUGUUUCCAUUCCUUCUGGUUCAGAUCCUCUCUGACAUCCACACUGUCUCUGCUCCGCUCUGCUUCCUGCAGGUUUUCUCUGUGCAUACAUACGGCAGUGUGGAACUGUUUACCUUAGGAAUCAUGUCUUAUGACAGGUAUCUUGCUAUCUGUCAUCCUCUGCAAUAUAACACACGUAUGACUUCUAACAGGGUUGCGUUCCUCACGGUGUUUGUGUGGGUGUACAGUGUUCUGGCGAGUGUGGUCAUGAUGUCUCUGAGCGUCCCUUUGCAGCUGUGUGGGAACAUCAUUAACAAAGUGUACUGUGAUAACUACUCCAUUGUUAAGCUGGCCUGCUCUGACACUACAGUCAUUAAUGUAUGUGGACUGGUUUACAUAUUCACCGUGAUAGUAGCUCUUAUAAUACUGAUCGUGUACUCGUACAUGAGGAUCCUCAGAGUGUGUUUCUCUGGCUGUAAGCAGAGCAGACAGAAAGCUGUCAGCACCUGCACCCCUCACCUCGCUUCCCUCAUCAACUUCUCCUUCGGGGCUUUCUUUGAGAUAGUGCAGGGCAGGUUUAAUAUGAGGAAAAUACCCAAUAUUGUGAGAAUUAUCUUAUCGUCGUACUGGCUCUCAUGCCAACCGCUCUUCAACCCUUUAUUGUACGGACUGAAUGUAACCAAAAUACGUGACAUUUGCAGGAGUCUUGCUUUUUGGUAA